AUGUUUGCUCGAUAUAAACUCCUAUCAGCAAGCGACAGUGUUUCGGAACACAGCCCGGAUUCCGACUCGACACGCAGACGAUUCUACCGAACGAUAGCACUAACAGUGCUUACAAUCGCUAAUGUCUGUUUACUAGGCUUGUCGAUGGCUAUCUGGCGCACCAUGCCUACCAGCCUUGCUACGCCCAACGCCCCCGAUGCACAACCCAGUGGACUUGCUAGAGUAGAGUCGCUUCCCAUUGAGUUCAUUCCUUUCUAUUGGAACACGCCAUGGGGUGCGCCUAACGCGUCGGAAGCUGAUCGGCUAUGGGACAACAUUAACACUGCACACGGUCAUAUCGCAGUGGACCAUGAGUUCGCAGCCGAAAACCACUGGCCUCCGUCUAUGGACAUACCCGGAAAGCCUGGUAAAGGACUGUAUCUCCUACAGGCCUACCAUCAGCUGCACUGCCUCUAUACUUCUCUAAACACUCUAUCACAGCGUAUUGUUCGCGCCGCAUAUUUGACUCUAAAGCGCCAAGAGCUCCCUAUCUUCCCUUCGGAUCAUGUCUUGCAUUGCUUUGACGCCCUCCGCCAGCACGUCAUGUGCCACGCAGAUAACACUCCACUCUAUGGUCACGGCCAUGGAAUAGCUGGUGACGGACAGCUACACCAAUGCCGGGAUUGGAACGCGCUUAGGGAUUAUGCAACAAAAAACACGGCGUGCUUUCGCGACGGCACGCCUGGUAUGAGCUUUGAAGAUCGGUUUGGCGUAUGUGAUGACGGAACAGAUGGCCUAGAGGAGCGUGUACCAGUACCGAGAGUCUUAUAA